AUUUUAACUUAAUUAAAUUAUGUAGAAUUCGACGGCUCCCAUACAAAACCAAGGAUUCUGACCGCGAAAACCCAAAGAUUCCCAAAAAAUGCAACCACAGACAUUUUACGUACUAAAAAGUUGUGGAAAAGGACAACUCUACACAAUUUGACAUCAAUUGUUCAGCUGAGACUUAUCAAAGAAUUGACUUUUGGGAAAGAUAGUGAGAAUCAUGAGCAGCGAUCUCUUUGGACACGAUGAUCCUGCUGACCCUUGGAGUUUACCGGGUCCUAAACAAUGGUCAACUUCAUCAAAUACAGGCAUUCCUCAAGAUUUAGAUCAAGACUACCAUAACGAUGAGAAUAACAAUGAAAGUGAAGAUGAUGAUGACGAUGUACAAAUUGGUAAUAAUAGCAGUGGUAAUAACAGUCAUGAUAACGUUUUCGAGGAAACUCGUGUAACUUCAAGUAUAAACCCCCUUGAUUCGAAUGGGAAUAAUGAAAACAACCUUCACAAGAGUAUUUGGGAAGAAAAUCCUAUCUUGUCAGAACCUUUAUCAGCUUCAACAUUGACUGGUGCUGCUCCACAUAAUGAAUUGAGAAAUGGUGAUUCCAAUACAGGUGAUUUUUUCAGUUGGAGUAAUGCUAUAAGAAAUACUUUUAAUCCAUUAACUAGAGAUAUCAUUACAAUUUCAGAAAUCCCAGAAAAGGAAGGUUUAUUAUUCAAGCAUACAAAUUAUUUGGUGGCACAUUUAGUCCCAUUGCCUGAUACUGAUGCAACAAAUGAUCGUAAAGUCGUUAGACGUUAUAGUGAUUUUGUUUGGCUUGCAGAAGUUUUAUUGAAAAAAUAUCCAUUUAGAUUAAUACCAGAAUUACCUCCUAAAAAAAUAACUUCAAAUUCAGAUGUACAGUUCUUAGAGAGAAGAAGGCGUGGAUUGAUAAGAUUCAUUAAUCAAAUAAUGAAACAUCCAAUACUUAGAACUGAAUCUUUAGUAUUGAUGUUUUUAACCGUUCCAACAGAUUUAUCAAGUUGGAGAAAACAUGCAAAUUAUGAUACAACUGAAGAAUAUAAAGAUGUCAAGAUUUCUCAAAGAUUUUUAAACCUAUGGGAUGCAUCAAUUAAACAAUUAUGGAUGGAUGCUCAAGUAAUAAUUAAAGAUGCUUUUGAAAGCUGGACAAAAUUAACAGUCUUGGUUGAAAGAUUUGAGAAAAGAUCACAACAAAUUGCUCAAGAUAAUGAAAGAUUUCAAAAAAUAUUGGAAGAUUUUAAAAAAACAACACCAGUUUUAUAUUCAGUGGAAAAUUCAGAUAUUUCUUCAAUUAAUGAACAUUUAAGAAUAGCUGGUAAACAUUUAUCUGAUUCAAAACAAUUAUUAGAUGAUGAAUCUCAAAAUAUUGAAAAUGGGAUUGUUCAAGAUUUUAAAACUUAUGGUGAUUAUUUAAAUUCCAUAAGUGGAUUAUUUGAAAGAUAUGAUAGAUUAGGUGGGAAUCAAAUUGAACAAUUGACUAAAAAAGUUCAAUUUAAUCAACAAAAAUUAAAUGAAUUGAAUGGGAAACCAGAUGCAAGAGGUGUUGAAGUUGAUAGAUACUCUGAAGCUAUCAAAAGAGACAAGAUUGAAAUUGAAAAUCAAACAAAUAGAGAUUGGUUAAUCAAAGAAACUGUAUUAUCUGAAUUUGUGCUGUUCCAAGAAACACAAUAUCAAAUCACAAAGAUAUUCCAAGACUGGGUUGCUGAUAAACUCAAAUAUAGUGAAUUACAUUCAAACAAUUGGAAUCAAUUGGCUAAUAGCUUAAUAGAUAUGCCAAUAUCGAGAGUGGAUUGA